UUAUGUUGACGUGGUGCGCUCGAGCUCGAGAGACCCCAAUUAACCGGCUGUGAAGUUUAGACCACCUAAUUAAAAUCUCGAAACAUGUCGAAUUCAGGCUCAGUACCACCAAACGACUUUGUAUUCGUUCCUCAGACUGAGCCUGAUGGGAAAAAUGACAACGAUAUGAAUGUGCAGCUGGAUCUUGGGGAGAUGAGUUAUGACAAAGCUAAGGAGCAACCAGAACUAAGACCAAGAGGAAAUGCUGCCUCACAGUUUCUGCAUAAUAAGGGUUAUGGUUGGUUGCUUGAAGUUGAUGAUCAUGAUGAUGAUGACCAGGCUCCUUUGCUGGAUGAACUGGACAUUGACUUGAAAGAUAUCUACUACAAGGUACGAUGUGUGGUCUUUCCAUGUCCAUUUCUUGGCUUCAAGAGGCAAGUCUUGAGGGAUAAUCCAGACUUUUGGGGACCUCUGCUUGUUGUUCUUCUCUUCUCGAUGGUGUCAGUUUAUGGGCAAUUCAGGGUCGUAUCUUGGAUUAUCACUAUCUGGAUUUUUGGAUCACUCGUCAUCUUCCUUUUAGCAAGAGUUCUUGGUGGUGAGGUGAAUUACUCACAGUGCUUAGGUGUAAUAGGCUAUUCAUUGCUGCCUCUCAUUAUUGCUGCCACUGUACUUCCUGUGACUAGAUAUAUUCCUUUUAUUGGUUCAAUAGUAAAGCUCAUUGGUGUUUCCUGGGCAGCAUACAGUGCAGGAUCAUUGCUGAUACAGGAAGAACUUGCUCAGAAGAAACCAUUAUUACUCUACCCAGUCCUUCUACUCUACAUUUAUUUUUUCUCCUUAUAUACUGGAGCUUGAUUGAAGGAUCUGUCCACCAAGCUGUCCAGUUUACCUUGAUAGAACCAUUCAUCUUUGAUCUAUAAAGACAUUGUGAGACAUUAAUCUUCAAGGUAGCUCAAUACAAUACCUUAAUUGAGAAGGUUAUUUCUUGUAGAACUGCUGAAAUUGGAAUACUCUGUAGUUGCUCAGUUUUGAGCAUUGAGAGGCAGAGUGAUCUAAAAAAAACUUAAAUUAUGUGUAUUUAUCAUGCUUAAGAUUUGUAUUUUAUUAGGGAAUGCAUGAAGCAGCAUUUUAUCUGUCAAAUUGAAGAUAUGUUAUGUUGCAAAGUUGUGCAGACAAAGUCAUGACAUCAUAUUUUUUUAUAGAAUUUAAUUGGUUCUAAAUUUUGUGCUGUCACCAGACUAAUAUAAGUGGCUCAUGAAUUUACAUUAUAUAAUAUUUGACUUUGUACACUAAAUUUCAUUAUACAGGGGACUUAUCAUACAUGACAUAUCAUACA